CCAGUGCCUCGAGUGUGUCCCACGGUGUCUCCUGAAAUAUCACUCUCCAAGUGACUUCCAAAUUCCAAGCCCUAUAUGUACAAACCCUUCUCAACCACAACAUCCAUGCUCGGCAGUCGGCACACACACUACAAAGUCCUGCUAGUACUAGCUACUUAGGCCAUAAUUUUCUUGAACGAAGUUACUUAGAUCACAAUUAAGCUAAGCCGAGAGCGAAAAUGUCGUCGCGAACCCACCUGCUCGCCGUCCUCGUCCUUCUCGCCGCCGCUCCCUUCGUCGCCGAUGCGCAGCCGCCGGCGGCUGACCCGGCGGCCGACGCCUGCGCCGACCCCUCCGUGGACGGCGCGUGCCACAACGUCCCCAAGGCGCUGCGGCUGAAGCUGAUCGCGAUCCCGACGAUCCUGGUGGCCAGCGUGAUCGGCGUGUGCCUGCCGCUCUUCUCCCGCUCCAUCCCGGCGCUCCGGCCCGACCGCAACCUCUUCGUCAUCGUCAAGGCCUUCGCGUCGGGGGUCAUCCUCGCCACGGGCUACAUGCACGUGCUCCCGGACUCCUUCAACAACCUCUCCUCGCCGUGCCUGCCGCGGAAGCCCUGGGCGGAGUUCCCGUUCACGGCGUUCGUCGCCAUGCUCGCCGCCCUGUUCACGCUCAUGGUCGACUCGCUCAUGCUCACCUUCUACAACCGGAAGAGGAGCGGCGGGGGCAACACCUCCGGACGGCGCGCCGGCGCCGCGGUCGCCGACCACGAGAGCCCCGCGCACGGGCACUGGCAUGGCCACGGCCACGGACACGGGCACGGGCACGGGGACAUCGUCGUGGCGGAGUCCGGGGCGGUCGCCAAGCCCGACGACGACGAGGCCAGAAAGGUGCAGCUGAGCCGGAACCGCGUCGUCGUUCAGGUCCUCGAGAUGGGCAUCAUCGUGCACUCGGUGGUGAUCGGCCUGGGCAUGGGCGCGUCCCAGAGCGUGUGCACGAUCCGCCCUCUGGUGGCCGCCAUGUGCUUCCACCAGCUGUUCGAGGGGAUGGGGCUCGGCGGCUGCAUCCUGCAGGCGGAGUACGGCCUGAAGAUGAAGUCCGGGCUGGUGUUCUUCUUCUCGACGACGACCCCGUUCGGCAUCGCGCUGGGGCUCGCGCUCACCAGGGUGUACCGGGAGAACAGCCCCACGGCGCUCAUCGUGGUGGGCAUCCUCAACGCCGCCUCCGCGGGGCUGCUCCACUACAUGGCGCUCGUGGAGCUCCUGGCGGCGGACUUCAUGGGGCCCAAGCUCCAGGGCAGCGUCAGGCUCCAGCUCGUCUCCUUCGCCGCCGUCCUCCUCGGCGCCGGCGGCAUGUCCGUCAUGGCAAAGUGGGCGUGAUGAAUUGAAGUACUCGUGCUCGUGCGGAGCGCUAUCAGCAGCUUUGUUUAUUUGCAUGGAUGAUGCAACUAGGCUAGCUUAGCUUAGCUGCCGGUAUUCGCGCGCGUCUCACUUGUAUUCGAUCUAUACGAAUAACGCCGCGUAACUGUGUGGAUCCUCUACUAGUCUCGUACUCCCUUCGUUCCAAAUUGUAAAAUUCCAACUUUCUUAAUAAGUCAAAACAUCUUAAGUUUGACCAAA